AUGGCCGAAAAUCGCGACAUCGCCUUUUGCUUCCGAGGUUGGGCCUACGACACAGGCAAAGUUGACCGACCAAAGAGGCGAGUCAUUCGAAUCAGCAGGGCUCACGACAGUAGGAGAGCUAAGGGUAUUCUCAGUCUCAAUGACACAACCGAUGCUGGCCUUGUCAUCACUCCUAAAGAGGAGGAUAUUGAGGGUGUAGACCACGGCUUGUUGGCUGUCGUCGUCGGCGGGCUUUUACCAGCAGCUGAGGUGCCCAACCACAAGGAGUUGUCCAAACCUGCACCUCUGCAUAGCUUUGACCCUGACAUCCAUAGUCUUGUUGAGACUAGGCCACAGACUCGUUUGGUUGAAUGGACCCAUGGCGUGGCAGGGACACAAGGGUUCCAGCGCACAAAGGUCAUAAGGCACAACAUCAAUUCCUUUUGUUCUGAGUUUCGAGGAGAGACACAGAAGGAGCCCCCUCAACAGACUCUGUCAUCUCCCCUGGCGGACCAGGGCGACCAUGACCAGAUCUAUGAGAGUUCCACAUCGAAAGAAUUGGCUUAUUUCAUCAGCACGGUGGCUUCAGCAUACAAAACUUUUCCGUGCAAGACCUACCUCCAGCUGGCGAUAGGCCGCUUCAGGGAAUCGGAGCAGACUUCUCUCUCGAGCCUGUCGGCCCCUGGAGUGGCUAGCAGGGAGGUCAUCCGCGACAUGAUGGAAGGGAAAGGGGAUCUCAUUGAAGAGCAGGCAAAGUGUGUCAUCAACGCUUUCAAGGAACUCUGGCCAUACCAGUUUGAGGCGGUUGGAGAACACAGGAUCAACAUUAGCGCCGUCCUUGAGUUGGCCAAGGGUCUUUGUUCCAUCUCGGCAUCAGGCAUCACCAUCCAUGAGUCCCUGUACCUUGGCGUGAUCGUCUCGUUUUGCACCAUGUUUUCCAACUCGCACGCUGUCAACGCAGGCGUGGGAGAAUAUCAUGACAGUUUGAUCCAAUCGGCCAUCAGCAUUGCUCGAGGGAGUGCACCAGCUCCCAUCUCUGUGCGUCCCCUGAUACGUGAUAGCCAUGCUCACAUGCAUGCUCACAUGGAGAAUUUCAAGGCCUGGCGUGAUGCUGGUGCAUGUACAUGCACCCAUGGAGGUGGCCCCAGGGAGCUUCACAAAGUGGUUCGGGUAGCCAGUGUAGUCCUUGGUACCCAGAACCAGGAGGCUAUUGUGACGGCCUUGGGGCAGGUGAAGCGACUGGUUCUCGCGUCCGCUUUUGAGCUGCUUUCCAGAACCAUUGCCUCAGGGAACGAAAAGAUCGAGGUCAUCCAAGCAGUUCUUCAAGCAACAGUUCAUGUAGUAGCAGCCGAUGUGGUCGAAAAGUUUGCGACACAGGCUGAUCAGGAGUCUGAGACCAUGGAUGCUCAGCCAACGCUACCUGGACUCCCUGCUAAUUUGGCGAAGCUUGCAGACAAGGUCUCUGACCUCUAUCAUGCCCUCGGCUCGGUGAAAGAAGAAGACACCACGAAUGCUGUCCGUGAGGCUAUCAAGGACUACGAGGAGAAUGAAUAA